AUGGAUGGAGAUGAGCUGAACACGCGCAAGUGUGUGGUUGUAGGUGAUGCUGCCGUUGGCAAGACAUCACUCCUCAUAACCUAUCUCAAUGGGGAGUUCCCCGAGGAGUAUGUGCCCACAGUCUUUGACAACUACAAUAAGACCGUGACGUCCAAGGUGGGGAACACGUACAAGCUCGGCAUUUGGGACACGGCUGGCCAGGAGGAUUUCGAUCGCAUGCGCGCGCUCUUCUAUCAGGGCGCGCAUCUGUUCCUGCUUUGCUUCAGCGUUGUCUCUUCUCAUCACGACUCGUUUGAAGGCGUCAAACAAAGAUGGAAAGACGAGCUGCGUGUGCAUGGAGGGGACAAGCCGUUCCUGCUCAUCGGCACAAAGAUCGACCUGCGAGAUGACCCUCACACCUGUGAUGAGCUGCAGAAGUCCCAAUUGACACCCAUCACCACCGAGCAGGGCAGGCAACUUGCACGGGAGGUUGGGGCCGAGGGGUACUAUGAAUGCUCGGCCAAGAAGCACAUUGGAUUGAAAGAGGUAUUCGCUGCAGCCACGGAAGUGAUUGAGAAGCAUGACCACAAAGAUGAGACGGCAGUGAGGGUGAGCGAUCCCAAGGCCUCCACUGGUUGUUGCCUUCUGCAGUGA